CAUGCACAGUGCCUGUGCCCUGCCCCUCACGUGCACAGUGCCUGUGCCCUGCCCUUCACGUGCACAGUGCCUGUGCCCUGCCCUUCACGUGCACAGUGCCUGUGCCCUGCCCUUCACGUGCACAGUGCCUGUGCCCUGCCCUUCACGUGCACAGUGCCUGUGCACUGCCCUUCGCUUCAUUAGUCCAGUCAUUUCUGUUAUAGGAAAUCUUCCAUGAAGUGUGUACUUACUCCCCUUACUGAGGCAGAGCUUCUCUUGGAAUAAAGACCAUGAGGAAAUCCACACUCUGUCUUUGGAGCUGAAAAGGCUGGACGGUACAGAGCUGUAUUUUAAGGAACAUCUGCAUGGUGCUCUCUCCAGCCUGGUGCUCUCUCCAGCGUGGUGCUCUCUCCAGCCUGGUGCUCUCUCCAGCCUGGUGCUCUCUCCAGCCUGGUGCUCUCUCCAGCGUGGUGCUCUCUCCAGCCUGGUGCUCUCUCCAGCCUGGUGCUCUCUCCAGUGUUGCGCUCUGUCCAGUGCGGUGCUUGCUGUGGUAGACAGCCAUGGGAUGGAAACAGAAGGGAACUACAACUGUGAAAAAUGAGACAUUGUGUCAUCUGAAGCCUCUCUUGACGUUAGGGUUAACGCCAUUACUCACUAACUGAAGAAAAGGAACCCAGGGCUCAAUGCCCCUCUCCAGCAUGUAAGCUAAGCCCUGUGAGAAUGGCAUGGCAUGAGGGCUGAUCUCAGGUUUACCAGCUAUGCCACUGAUAUAUUUACAACCAGCCACAAAAUGAGAACCAUAGUCUGAAUAUUUUUGUUUUAUUUUUAGCUUUUUUGUUCUCAUCUCCUUGUCUCUCUAAAUCAGGCUACUUUUGUUUAAACCUAAAGGGAUUUUUAAAGGCGUGUCAGGGAAUAUGUGUCUUCCUCAUGUAUACAAGCUCAGGAUACCUUUGGUACUGUCGACGCCCUUUCCUGUUCCUACUUUCAGUUUGAGACCGCCUGCCCCCACAGCCCCCACAUGAGGUGAUACUAAACACCUGCACUUUAUUUAAUUCAGAAAUGAAUUUUAAUUCCUAAUGUGAGGACAGAAAUUAAAUGUGUUAUGUGAGGUGGCGGCAAUAGGAAUCACAGCUAACUUUUAAUUUCUCUUUUGCUCUCUCCCUCUCUCUCCCAUGCUCUCUUGUCCCAUCCCCACCCCCCUCUCUCUCUCUGUUCUUGUGAAAUUAUGCAGUGGUUUUCUAGCUAGCAUCUGGAGAGAGGAAUCAAUCUAGUCCAGCGAAAGUGGAAUUGAUUAAUCUUUAACUGUGUCUGUAAAUGGUUGAUAAAUGUAUCUUUAGACAUGCAAACAAGACACGAUUUAACAUUAAUGGAUUUUAAAUAAAACUUUUUGAAAUUA